CAGAGAGGAGAAGAGGAGGAGACAGAGGUAAAGUCGGAAUGACAAGCAAAAGCUGACACAGUAACCAUAGCAAAGAUUAAGGAAAUACCUUCUCCUGUUGGCGAGGAGGAGGAGGUGUGGAUGCAGCAUACUGGAGAUGUUCAGCUGGAAGCCAUGGAGAGUCUUUGACAAAGGAUGCAGGCUUCUACUGCCAGGCUGAGAAGAUUUUACAUCUUCAUCCAAGCAGCCAAAGGGAUGCUGACAAGUUUGCCUUCCAAUUCCUCCUUUAAAGCUCCCACACAAACACGUGUACAGUUCCCUGUGCAUGCCCAGCUCUGCACUUAGAUAUUUUUAGUAAAACUUCCCACAUUCUUGACAUAAAAAAGGAUUGGACUCAAAUUCUUUAUUGGUGUAGAUACCUUCAGCUGGGACAGGAGGGCUCAUCCUGACAGGUCAGCACGGAACCACUUUGAAGAUUUCAACAUCCAUGUUAGACAGCUGUAUGAAGACUUAAACAGCUCCUCAUCUCUCCUGAAUGAGAAACUUCUUAAAGGAAUGGGGUGCAUUUGUCACACGGAAUAGUUUGCCUACUGAUGAGCUAAACCCAAGCCAUAAAUCAGCAUCUGAGGACCUUUUUCUCAUCACCAUUUCCUACAGCAACUAAAAGAAGAACAGGAAUGUUUGGAAGCCAAGGUGCACUGGGAUUCUAUUACUGUCGCUUUAUUGUUUUCACAGUUCAGAUUUCCAAUCUAUUAACAGCAUCAAUGUGAGAAAUUGUCUUCAUCCUACAGAAAGUCUCCAACUGAGCGAAACAAACAACUGGCUUGAUGCCACAGCACCUAGAAAACUUUUUUUAAUGUUUUGCUGUAGCUAUUUAUUCAUUUCUAAUCCAUUCUCCUUUCCUGUCUGAGCCCUUUUUCAAACCUCAACCUCAUUAAUAACUUUAAGCAUUACUUUUUUUGGUUAGUACUGUUGUAUGAGAGCAAACUUUCUGAACGCUGAUGCGAUUCGGUCACAUGAGACGGGCCAAAUGGGACCAACACUGAACAGUCAUGUUUGACACAAACUGUUUUUGACAUCAGGAAAACAUCUUCUUCAAUAAUCCAACACAACCCCGGGCAUCUGACAGCCUUCAGGAGCUGCUGCCACCAGGAUAAAUCUGGGCAUGUGCUGUUGUCCUUUGGACCCAGCGUCAUAACAAGAGAAAAAUUAAAGAAUAGGAUUAAACAUGGAUUAUCACUGAAACAGUAAAGCCAUCAAAGCAGCUGCCUUUGUAUAAACCCAUUGAAGGCUCUUAGGGCAAGCGCUCUGCCAACCGAUUUGUAGAUUACAUCCGCCUGUUGAUGUGGUGGCCUCCUGUGCACUUGCUUUUUAAAAAGACGGAUGGAGAAUAUAGAUGAGCUGGAGCACCCUCUUCUGGGAGAAAGCACCAGUAACAAACAAGCAUCAGGGCAGGGAACUGGACUGGGACAGGCCCCAGUUGGGCUUUUUAAGGGCAUUUUGGUGAAGUGUGAGGAGGACAGAGCAUAUCCUCCUUUGGCUUGGAGGGGUUAUUGUGGACAUCCUCCAGAGCUGCAGCAUCAGCAGCUGCUGGACCCUUGCUCCUUACCCCGCACCCUGGAGUCCUUUUACCCAACGGGCCCCCUGUGGGGCCAAACAGACCUUCUCAGCAAGGACUAUCUUGAGACCACCUUUGUGGACAUUCGGCCUGGCUCAGCGCUGGAGAGGAAGCUGCUGGCUGAGACACAGGACUUCCAUAGUGCUGCAUACAGCAUGGAUGAUGAGGACGACCUACUUCCUGACUCUGAUGACUCGUCCAUUGAUGAUCUCAGUGAUACGGACAGUGACAGCAACUUUCCUCUGAUGAUCCCUCAGGACUAUUUGGGUCUGGCCUUUUUCUCCAUGCUCUGCUGCUUCUGGCCUUUGGGUAUCGCCGCUUUCUAUCUUUCUCAGAAGACCAACAAGGCAUCAGCUCAGGGGGAUUUUCAGGGAGCCAACAUAGCCUCCCGCCAGGCGCUGUGGCUCUCCGUGCUGUCCAUUGUGUUCGGAAUCAUAACGUACAUCUGUGCCAUUGCUGCGCUGAUUUCCUACCUGUCUGCUAAGCCAUUAUAAGAGAAACUCUUUGCACUUGGAUGCAAAAACACAAAGAGACAAACCCUUCAUUAAUAUUACCACAUUAUCUGUAAGAUAAUAAUAAACGAGAACUCGAGAGACAUCCUCCACAUUGAAGUUUGUGUCUAUCUCACUGAUAAAUUUGUGCUUCCCGGAUCAUCACAUGUGGGGCUUUAAUAAAGAUUAAUGCAGGAAAAGGAUGGAGAAGAUGGCUGCUGCAAUUUGAAGUCUGCAGAUUUAUCAGAGUUAGAGGGAACUCCUGAUGGAUUUCACUCAUUCAGCACCGUCACUUACCUGGAAAAAGUUGGAGACAUGCACAUCCCAUCUGGAUUUUCCAGUUAACGUCACCUGUUGUUUACCUGCAGAAAGGACUGCCAUUUUUUGUGAUUAAAAGCCAAGUUUUAUCUCUAUGACAUAAGCUGAGUGCCGUAUAUAUAAAAGGAAACUAAUGUAAGAAGUGGGAGAAUUUUGAAACACAUCCCGAAAUGGGAGUAAAGAAAUUGCUGCUGGGAAAAUUGAACAACCCAGUGGGGGAAUAGUGCCAAAAAUGUUAAAGUGACCAGACUGGGGAGUAAAUAUUUCUGAAAUAUAAAUUCUGAUAUUUCUUUGUUCUGUCAGACAGGAAUGAAAACACUUUGGAAAUAAUUUCUUCAGGCUAAAAUCAUUGAAAACAACUUCUCACCUGUUUAGAUGUAGAAUAUUAGUUUGAAAAAAGGUAAGAAAAAACACUGGGAACAGCUGAUGUGACAAGUUGUUGUCUGCAUGGCUCUUUUGUGUUUUACAAAUGUUUAAAGCUGGAUCUGUGUCAUUAAUGUGUGCCAAGUCCUUGCAAGGAAAGGUUUGAUAAACCCUAAAAAAACAUUCUCUUGCCAUAUUGGUUUAAUCAUAAGAACUAUUUAAGGAAAGAGUGAAAGAACAUUUUCCAGUAAAAAUUAAAUAAUAUUUUUACCUGUUUCUGCAAUAGAAUGGUACCACUGUGGUUGCUUUAACAAAACAUAGGAGUGAUAACCUGAGAGUUACACAAAUCAGUAUGAAAUCAACCUUUAAAUGUCUUAAAGCCAAGACUUUCUGAGCUGACUGGAGCAGCCUGCAGGCGAAAAGGGCCAGAUUUGGGUCAGAUCAUGAGGGUCAUGGUAACAGAAAGAAAAAAAAAAAGAUGCAUUGCUCCAGACAGGUUCAGACUGAGACACUUCCGAAAGCACUUUGUGUUUCUGCCUAGAAAUAGGCCGCAUGGAGCGAAACGUUUAGAUGGAUUUGGCCAAUAUGCACAAAAAUCCGCCAAAUGUAAAAAUCCAAGCAGGAAUAAAAACAAUGCUGUUAAAGCGGUUGAAUUUCUUUAUGAUCAUUGUCAAUAACAUUGUUUUCUUUAUCUUCAACUUCCACUGCAGUAUUCAUCAUGCUUUGGGGCCCCCUAAACAAUAGGGGACUCUCAUAAAUGCUUGAAUUUAAAAUCAGAGAUCUUCAUUUCAUAUGUUUGAUUUUUGAAAAUAAGAAUACUGUUAAAUUUAUUUGAUGCUUUCAGCAAAAACAUAUUAAAAGAUUCCAAACAAAUAUUUAAAUUUCAAAUUCAAGAGUUUUAAAGCUUGUUUUGUAAAAGUCCAAAGGAUAACCUUUGUUUGAUGGUUGAUAUUAGUUAAAAUAUGAUGCAGUGGAUUUAAUAAUUUGUUUAUGUUUGAGCUUGGUUUAUUCACUAAUGUAUAUCAGCAAAUAAUAGCCAACUAUUUAUCACUGCUUUUAUGCUACUCCCAUUAAAGUUUGCUCUCUCCUAGUUGAUAUUCUAUACAGUAAGGACCCCAAACUGGACCAUCCAUGAUUUAGAUCAAACACUUUGAUGAAAACCAUUAUGAGUUAAAACAAUUUUUAUUUUCCCUUUGGGAUUAAAAAAGUACUUUAAUUUUGAAUUUAAUUAAAUUGGACAUGCUUUCUCCUUAAGAAAAACUGACAUCACAGCCUUGUUAAUGCAGUUUGACUUAAAAACAAUAAAGUGAAACUGCAUAUUAGUUGUUACCUACAUAAAGAGUUACAUUUAUUUUUAACUUUAACUUGGUUUAAUGCUGCAGAAAUGUGAACAUUUCUCAGGGCUGUAAACAGAGCUGGUGGCGGCCCACCGUGGUUAGUUAUAUUUUAUGGGAAGACAUGCAGCAUACCACAUGAGAUAUGCGCAAGUUCACAGGUUUCAAAAAUAAAGGUAGAGUGAAAGAAAUAACUCACGCAUUUAAAAAAAAAACUACUCGUAAAAAGGCCGCUGGAAUGUUGAGUGGCUGUUCAUAUUUGAUAUUUUAUUGUAAAAGUUAUUUUUAAUGAUAAAAAUAUAAAAUUGUUAGCAAAUUCUGGUACUGUAAAAACCAAAAUAGAAAACAUACAAAAUAACUUAUUUAUGCAGAAAAAAAAUUAUUUUCUGAAUAUUUUUGAGGGAGUUAAUACAUUUUUUUAAUCCUUCAAUUUGAUUAUAAUUUGUUAAAUUAUUUAAUACAUCGUUAUAUUAAUUAAUGAUAAAUGCAUACUUGAUUAUGUUAAGGCAGCCUUAGUCUGGCCCAUAUGCCCUGUGAUCAGUGGCCAGUCCAGCCCUGGCUGUUAA